UUUGUUAGUAAUUUGUUGAGGGUGUGUGAUGAGAAUCAAAAUCAUCCCCGCCCGUGCAAACUAAAUAUGUCCAGAGCAGGUACCAGGUACUGUGACAAGUAAUAUUAGUAACCCUAGACUUUCUUUUUGACUCGAUCUUGGCUCCAUUUUCCUACCAUCCUCUCUAACCAGAGAUCAGAGAUAUAUCCCCACUAGCUAGGCAACCGCUACUCAUCCUCCUCCUAUAUCAUAAAAAUCCCUACCCUUAAUUUCUUCUGAAACACCCAUACUCUGAGUAAUUGCCUCGCUAUAGCUGCCUGAUCUAUUAUCUUCGUUUCUCUUCUCUUCCUUUGAUAAUAUGAACCUUGAAGAGAAAGUUGGAAUGGACUUGGUUCCACAAUCCGAGCAUCUCUGCUAUGUCCGCUGCAACUUCUGCAACACUGUUCUCGCGGUUGGGAUCCCAUGCAAACGGUUGCUGGACACUGUGACAGUGAAAUGCGGUCAUUGCAGUAACCUCUCCUUUCUCAGCACCAGAUCUCCACUGCAAGGUCAAUGCCUCGAUCCCCAAACCAGCCUCAUUGGUUUCAUGUGCAAGGAGAAGCAGUCUUCAUCGCCAUCCUCAUCAACAUCAAGGGAUCCAUCAUCCCCUAAAGCACCAUUUGUUGUAAAACCUCCUGAGAAGAAACACAGGCUCCCAUCUGCUUACAAUCGGUUUAUGAAAGAGGAGAUACAGCGCAUUAAAGCAGCAAAUCCUGAGAUACCCCAUCGAGAAGCUUUCAGCGCAGCAGCUAAAAAUUGGGCUAGGUACAUCCCAAAUUCACCAGCAGCAUCAUCAGUUUCCGGAAACAGCAGCAACGAAAUAACAAAGAGCAGUCCACUGAAAAAGCAUAUCUUCUUCCAAGUAACAUGAAG